AAACUGACGUGUCACUUGUCAUCUUCGUUUCGCAUUAAACGUCAAAAUGAUAGUCGAGGAGAGAGUUGUAUUUUAAUAAUUUAUAACAAAUUAGACCUUUUCCAUCUAUAAUGGUGCCUUUUUAAUACAAUGAUAAUAAUCUGCUAUUAUGGAGAAUGAUAUUGUUGAGUUUACGUUGCCACCCGCUCCCCGGGGUCUGUGCUUUGAUCGUAAUGAUUUUGUCAAGACAAAUUUCUCCGUUGAUAACUUCUUGGCAGAGCAUCAAAAUGUGGCAUCAUUGGAGACUAUGCGAGAUGAUCUGGGUGUGUACCUGAAGGUGCUUCGACUGGCUAUGAUAGAGUUGAUUAACAAGGACUACGCAAACUUUGUCAAUCUUUGUGCUACACUCAUUGGAUUUGACAAAGCCAUAGUAAAGAUUCAAGUGCCAUUGGGUCAACUAAAUGAAGAAGUAUUGAAUGUUAAUCAAAGUUUAGGAGAUGCUAUGAAAGAAUUGUCAAUUUGGCUGAGCCAAAGACAUGCCUUACAGAAAAAGAAGCAAUUAUUAAAGUAUUACAGUCAAACUAUUAACUGCAUAAAGACACUAGACAGCAUAUUAAAAGAUAUAUCAGAGAAAAAAAAGCAGGAGCAGAUAUUAUUGGCUGAUAGGGCUGCAAUGCAAUAUAACCAACUUAAAUAUUCAACCAUGAAGUGUGAGAGUUUAAUAAAAUCAGAACAAAAAAUAAAAUACAGUGAAGUUGGUGAUAAACUUGUACAUGUUUUGAACCAAUUGCUUUUUCAAUUUUGGAAUGAUAAUGAUGAAGCUAAUCUUCUAAAAGUAUUACUAUCAUUAGCUUCAUUGGAUCGUGUUGAUGAAACAGAGAUGCUUAUGAGGAAACAGGCUGUGGCGCCUUUGUUACAAGACAUCAUAAGUGAAUCAGCACUACAGAGAAGUAAAAAUGGAUUGUUAGGUAUCUAUGAUAGAGUCCUAUCUCUAUUAGAUACCAAAUUGAAUUUAUUCUUGACAGUAACACAACAUUCCAAGCUAACAUUUCUUGUUAAAAAGUUUAGUUUCCUUGUAAACUGUUUUUGGUGUGAAAUAGAGAGUCGAAUAGAGGUGAAUUUGGCAUCUAUAUUUGCUCCUGGUAAUCCUCAGAUUUUUUAUCAAAGAUAUAGUGAAAGUAUGCAAUUUAUAAAGAAAUUGGAGGAGAGAUGUAGUCCUAAGGAAACUGUGAGGGUUUUGAGAAAUACACCUGAAUAUAAAAGUUUUCAAAGGAGGUGGAAUCUUCCAGUGUAUUUUCAAAUUCGAUUUCAAGAAAUAGCUGGAACUUUUGAAACAAAUUUACAAAAUAAUCCUCAUAUUGGAAAUAGUGAUGGUUUUAUUUUGAAAGAAACUAAGCACUGUUGGAAUGCCUUAUGGGAAUGUUGGGCUGAUGGAACUUAUAUCGAAGCUCUAGCACAUAAAUUUUGGAAACUGUCCUUACAGUUGUUGUCUAGAUAUGCAACAUGGGCAGCUAAAUUCUGCACUCAGACAAAUGAAAGCCAAUUGGAAACAACUUCUUUGAAUAAAGUUCUUAUUGAUGGUAGUAUUAACAUAUUUAAGGACACACAAGUCUUGUUACAAAAAAUUCCACAAUUUCUGACAAUAGUUGAAGCCAAAAUUCCAAUCAAAAAUAAUGAUUUACUUCAUCACAGUCUUGAUUCAUCUAUCAAAUUAUUAGAAGGAUUGAAAGAUAAAAUCAGGGACUGUAUUGUCAAAGAGUUGUUUAAUCAUUUCAACAUACAGUUAAAACAAGUGAGUGAUAUACCAAGACUGUACAGAAAAACGAAUCGCAGUGUACCUACAAAACCUUGCACAUACAUAGAAGUUGUUUCCAAAAUUUUGUAUGAAUUUCACAAUGAUGCAACAAGAAGACUGGAUAACGCAUUUUUAGUUGAGUUAUAUGAAGCCUUGUUUAAUACUAUGACUAAAUCAUAUUAUAAAUAUGUAGAGGAUGUGUUGACAUCUGUUCAGAAAACAGAAGAGUCAUUAAGAAGACUGAAACAAAUACGUGAGAAAACACCUCAACAGACAAAUGAAGCUAGCGGUAUCACAGAUGGUGAUAAAAUCAGGUUACAACUCAAUGUUGAUGUGGCUUCAUAUGCAAAGGUGGCAGAGGGCCUGCAAGUUAAUGUACAUAGUGUGCACAAGUAUACAGAACUUUAUCGUAUGGUUACAGAAGCUGUAAAAAAUAUAGAUAUUAAAUGAUAUGCCAAGA